UUAGUUCAUCCGCGUGCUCCCACCACACCUACAAAAUGUUUCCUUCAUCUUCUUUAGAAGAUAAGACUUCCCAUCUUAUUACCCUCUCUAUCUUCAAUGGCAUCAACCGACUCCCAAAUCGACAAAGAGUUUCCGUUCUUCCGAGUUUUCAAGGAUGGCAGAAUCCAGUUAUUCGAGCCACCUUGUCCCAAGGUUCCACCGUCCGAUGAUCCCAUCACCGGUGUCCGAUCCAAAGACGUUACCAUCUCAUCAGAACCUCCUGUUUCUGCCCGUAUUUUCAUACCUACGCUUUCCCAACCCAAGCAAAAGGUCCCUCUUUUAUUCUUAGUACACGGCGGAGGCUUCUGCAUGAUGUCCGCUUUUGCUCCACGGUACCAUCUCUUUUGUAACACCGUUUCAGCCCAAGCUGGAGCCAUCAUAGUUUCCGUGGAGUACGGACUCUUCCCGGACCGACCCAUACCCGCUUGUUACGAAGACUCAUGGGCUGCACUCCAGUGGGUGGCCUCCCACGUUGGUGGAAAUGGUCCUGAACCUUGGCUGAACGACCAUGCUGAUUUCAGCAAAGUUUUCAUCAGUGGAGUCAGCGCCGGAGGUAAUAUAUCGCAUACUUUGGCCUUCCGGGUCGGGACGAUCGGGUUACCCGGUGUAAAGGUUGUUGGGGUGAUUUUGGUUCAUCCAUAUUUUGGUGGGACGGGAGAUGAUGCAAUGUGGCUGUUCAUGUGUCCGAAUAACGGUGGGUUGCAGGAUCCUAGGUUGAAACCUCCGGCAGAGGAUCUGGCCAAGCUUGGCUGUGAGAGAGUGUUGAUAUUUGUAGCAGAGAAAGAUCAUUUGAAUAUUGUGGGAAAAAAUUACGGCGAAGAUUUGAAGAAAAGUGGAUGGGGUGGAAGAGUUGAGGUGUUUGAGAGUUACGGCGAAGAGCAUACUUUCAAUCUGCGUAAUCCCAAAUCUGACAAGGCUGUGGAGGUGACCAAUAAGUUUGUUUCAUUUCUUAGACAAAAUUAGUCUGAUAAUUUUAAGAGCUGAAGUGUGCCUGUAAUAUAACAAUAAAAUUGAUGAAAUAAAAUGUAUUUUGAAU